UGGACGUUGUCGUCGACGUCGCCGCCGUUGUUGCUGCUCGAGCUUCGUGCGCAGCUCGUCAUUGAUUUUUUAUUUUUUCCAACGCAGUUCAGCAAACGGCAGUGAAAAAAUUUUGUGCAGUUCAAAUAAAAUUCCCUAACAUCAUAAAUUGUUGCAAUUAAUUGCAAAUUUGCAGAAAAUUUGCAAUUAUGGGCGACAAUGAGCAGAAAGCGCUGCAAUUGAUGGCUGAAGCCGAGAAGAAAUUGACACAACAAAAGGGAUUUCUCGGUUCGCUAUUUGGUGGUUCGAAUAAAGUGGAAGAUGCCAUCGAAUGUUACCAACGCGCCGGCAACAUGUUCAAGAUGUCCAAGAAUUGGGCGAAGGCCGGUGAAUGCUUUUGUGAAGCCGCUAAUUUACAUUCGCGUGCCGGUAGUCGUCACGAUGCCGGUGUUGCAUAUGUAGAUGCGUCGAAUUGCUACAAAAAGAUCGAUGUGGAAGGCGCUGUCUCAUGCCUGCUAAAGGCUAUCGACAUCUACACCGAUAUGGGCCGUUUUACCAUGGCAGCAAAGCAUCACCAGAGCAUUGCUGAAAUGUAUGAAAGCGACCCAGGCACGCUGGCCAAAGCUGUGCAGCAUUACGAACAAGCUGCCGAUUACUUUAAGGGCGAAGAAUCGGUGAGUUCAGCCAAUAAGUGUAUGUUAAAGGUAGCUCAAUAUGCCGCACAGCUAGAAGAUUACGAAAAAGCUAUCAAUAUCUAUGAGCAGGUUGCCGCUUCAUCGUUGGAAAGCUCACUGCUCAAGUAUAGCGCUAAAGAGUAUUUCUUCCGUGCUGCUUUAUGUCACCUUAGUGUGGAUUUAUUGAAUGCUCAACACGCUAUUGAGAAAUAUGCGCAGCAAUAUCCAGCAUUCCAAGAUUCGCGUGAAUUUAAACUCAUUAAGGUGCUUUGCGAACACUUGGAGGAGCAAAACAUCGAAGGCUUCACAGAAGCAGUUAAAGAUUAUGAUAGCAUUUCACGCUUGGACCAGUGGUAUACCACAAUAUUGCUUAGAAUUAAGAAAGCAGCCGAUGAGGAUCCCGAUUUACGAUAAAUUUAUCAUUAAAUUUACUAAUUAUAUACAACAAGUAAUAAUUAUUCCAAAUAGUGAACGUAUAAAAAAGCAAACAAAAAUACACAAACGUAAUUUUCAAAUUUCACCAACACAGGACCCAUAGUAACCACAAAUAUAUAUAUAUAUAUAUAUAUAUAUAUAUUUUUUUUUGACAUUAACAAGUAACCCCAGUUAAUUAUUAGCUAAAUAAAGCAAGAAAAAUCGAAUUAAUCAUAAUAAAAAUACAUCAACUAAAUAGAUAUACAGCUAUUCUUUUACAGACAGUACCACCAAAACACAUAAACAUCAACACUAACCACAUACAUACAUCUACACAACAAAAAUCCACUAAUUACAGCAGACAGACUCCAAUUGCUAAUAUUUCGUAUAAAAGAAAAAAUAUUCAACAUUAUUACUAUUAUUAUUAUAAAGGAAUAGAAGCAAUAUUAGCUUCAUAUUACCGAAAACAAAAAUAAACAUAUUUUAUUUUAAAAUUUCAUAUUGUGUAAUACAAAAUGUAAUAACUGCAUGCAUUGAAUGGCAAAACAAACGCAUGUAGUUAGCAGAAUUUAAAACGCAUGGGAAAUGGAAAUUUUGCAUAAUUUCACAGCGCUACAUACACACCAGCCAAACGAUUGAAGAUUUGUAAAUGUGGAAAGUGGAAAAUAUAAGUCAAUGUUUUGCGAUUAAAUAACAACUAAGCUGCAUUGAGCGUCUAAACAAAUUGAGGAAUCUUUGUAAUAACAAUACAAAUUCGAUAACUUCAUCAGCUAAUUUGUGUGGAAAGCUAACUCUGCUAUGGAAAUGACAGAUACAUGCUUGUUUUAGAUUGGUAAAAGGGAGAAUUGAAUAAAACAUGCUUGGAUGCAUUUUGUGAAGCUUUUUUUAAUUGGAGUAAAUUUCUUUGUGAGGCAUUUUAAAUGCCAAAUACUUAUAUUUUCGAAGUUAAUUUGAAUUCAUUUAAUGAAUAAUUUUUAUAAGAAUUAUUUUAUAUGCACUGAAUACUUGCUUGUGGUUAAAUAAUAAGUUUUAAUGCUGUAAUUUUUUCGGCUGAUUUGUGAGUGAAUUACAAUAAAUUUUUUAUAUUCUUACCUUUUAUUUUUUUUGAAUUUUCUUUCUCAAGGCUUACAGCUAACUUAAUACGUGUGUUGCCAAAUAAAUAUUAGCGCUCUAUACAUGUAUAUCUACUCCUUAUAACUGUUUGUUAAAUGUGUUAAUUCGUUAUUUAAAAAGCAUAAUAAAAUAAAGCUGUAACUUUUCAAAUCAAAUUAUAUGCUAUUGAAUAUAUAAAAGCACUCAUUAUGUAACUUGGUAAACAGAUUUAUUUAUUUAAAUGGCAUUGUUAAUGUAAUACUUGGUAAACGGUUUAUUCAGUUAAAUGAAAAUGUUAUAAAAGCAAAUAUAACAAAUAUAACUAACCGUGAAAAAAAGAAAACAAUAACUAUGGUAGAAAAACAUACAUACAUAUGUGCAUGCAUAAAUGUAAGCAAAUGUAUAAAACAUUGCAGGUGGAAAGGCGCCAUAUAUAAAAAUGGCUAAAGAAGGUGAACGUGAAAAGAAAAGAAAAAAAAAAUAAGUGACUACAAAAUUUGAUAAUGGUAAAAGGGCAUGCAAGAUAUAUUACAAUAAUCAAUUAAUGUAACCAUAUUAACAUACAUAUACAUAUACUAUAUUCAAAAAAAAGUUUAGGCAUAUUUAAACCGUAAGUUAUAUUCAUAAGAGAUUUCUACAAGGUAAGCAACAUUAAUGUAAGCUGAAUACACUGAUGAUUUAAUAAAAACUAUACUGCACUCCAACUUAGGUAUGAAACAAUCCACUAAAUUUCUUGGCGGUAGCGUUAAAGUCUACAACAACAACGACAUUUGAGCUGCUGGUCAUUAUUUGAUAAAAGAAAAAUUAAAUUGUUGGCGGUAGCGUUAAAGUCUACAACAACAACGACAUUUGAGCUGCUGGUCAUUAUUUGAUAAAAGAAAAAUUAAAGUUGAGUAACAACUUCUUAAUAGUUAUAAGUAAAAUAUUAUACACAUAUUCAUACUUAUAUUCAAAAAUCAAUUAAAUAUCGCGUAUAAUUAACGCAAAAGUAAUUAAAAACUAAUCCCAAAAAUAUAUAAACGCAUAAAUUAAAGCAAAGAAGAACACAAAAGCUUAGAAAAAGUUUCUUGGGGAGUAAACUUUAAUUCCAAAUUUGGCUUUUGACACUUUAAAUGAAUAUACAUAUACAUAUAUUACAUUUGCGUAAUUGUGAAGACAUUAUAUUCUUCGUUUAACUAUUAUCAUUAUUAAAUACCAAAAAUAAUUAACAGUGAAUGAAAUAUGUAACUCAUUUCACGCUUGUAAAAGAAACAUAUUUAUAACUACAUAAAUAUUACUAAACUUAUUACACAAGCUUGAACAUUAUUUACCCACAUACAAACAUAUGCAUAUGUAAAGCAAAUAAACACGCAUUUUAUUCAAAUACUAUGCAUUAUUAAACAAAACAAAAAUACAAGAACACUAAACGAUCAACAAUUUGAAAUGCAUAUACUUAUGUAAAAGCAAUUAAAGUGGAAGCAAAGAGCUAGCGGCGUAAGCCCUUCCAUGCAAUAAAAACUUUAAACAAUGUAUUAGCAAUUGGCUAACAAAAAAGUAACUUUGUCUCACAUUUAAAAAAAAAAACAUUCGUAGUGUAUUAGUAACGAAAAACACUUUUAUUAGAAGUUAGCGAUACUAACAAAAACCAAAAGAAACUUUAUGAAUAAAAAAAAACAUUAAGAGUUGAUGCCGAGAAAAAAUGAUUUAUUGUUCUUAUAUUUAAUAACAUUCAAGAGAUGUUUGAGCAUGCAUUCAAUAAACUAUAAAUAUGUGUGUAUUAUUGUAAUUACUCAAAUAAAAAGAAGGAAACAAAUUACCAAACGAAGAAAAAACAAAACAAGCAAACAAAUAUUGCACACAAAAAUACCAAAAAGGUAGAGCCCGUUGACAUAUUAGCGAGGUGAAAGGAUAUGUACCCAGUACCGGGACUAGCGAGGCAGCAUGUGCACAUGUGCGCAUGCGCCUGGAUGAAGAUGAAAAAAGCAAACAAAAAAACUACCAAAAAACAGCAGCUGCAUAAGAUCCACACAAUAAAGCUUAAUUUAAAUAAAUUAAGAAGAGCAGCAGCAGCGCGUAUGCAACACCAGAUAAAAUUAGAGCGAAUAAAAGACGAGCCAAAGAAAUAAGUUCAUCAAAACAAAAACAAGCAAAUACAUCAAAUAAAAUAUUGCAUUAAAUAAGAAAAAA